AUGUUUAACUAUUACUCGAGAUAUGGCGUGAGGAAGACGGGUUUCUGGCAAAUAGACCACAUCAAUGCAGUAUUUAGAAAUGAUGUGAUUGCUUGGCUUACAACGUCUACAAGUGUUCUGAUAUUCCAAGCAGCUGUGGCCAAUACCUCACCUCGCGUGAAAAAUCUUUUCGAAAGGCCACUAAUAAGAGCGAAGUCAAGAGAACUAAUUAUGUCAGAGAAAUAUGAAACUAGUGAACUGGGAAAUCGUGAAGGUGUAAACGAUUUGGGACGAAGGACAUAUGCCGAAGUAGUUGUUGAAACAUUCAGUAACUUGGAAAUAAAUCGUGAGAUUGCACCUUCUUGUAGUGCACAAAUAUUACAACCAACUGCAUCAACAUCUUCCAUAACGACUGAUUUCCGAGAUUUGGAAAAUAUGCCAUUUUAUUCGGGUAAUCCAUUUGUCGAAAAAACAUCAGGUGUCAUUCAUUUUUAUAAAUGGAGUGAUUCAAGAAAAAAUGUUAAAGAGAAUUGUACGAUGCUUUGUAUGCUUCAUGUGCCUUCAUUGGUUAAUUGUCCGGAACUUUUAAAGUUUGUUUCACCACGUUUUCAGCAUAUUUCUUCAAUGAAAAUUGUCCGUGAUGCAACACCCAAUCAGUAUAUGGUUAUUAUCAAAUUCAAAACUCCAAAUAGUGCUACCGAAUUUUAUAAUGAAUAUAAUGGUGUGCGUUUCAAUGGAAUUGGGCUUGAAAGAUGCUUAUUAGCAUUCGUUGAAAAAAUCGAUUCGUUCUGGAAAGGUGAUCGCAAGGCUACAAUGGAUUGUUUAACCGAGUUGCCUUCAUGUGCAGUUUGUCUUGAAAGAUUGGAUGAUGGUAUACUAACCGUUCUUUGUAAUCAUUCCUUCCAUCAAAAAUGCCUCGAACAGUGGGCAGAUACUACAUGCCCAGUUUGUCGCUAUAAUCCAACUCCAGAAGUGAUUGAGGAUCAAAAAUGCUUUGAGUGUGGCAGAACAACGGAUCUCUGGAUAUGUCUUAUUUGCGGAAAUGUUGGCUGUGGGAGAUAUUCAGAUGCCCAUGCAUACAAACAUUUCCAGUUAACUUCUCAUACUUACACCUUAAAAAUUGGUAGUGAUCGUGUUUGGGAUUAUGCUGGUGAUAAUUACGUGCAUCGCUUAAUACAUAAUGCGGGCGAUGGGAAAUUAAUUGAGUUCCAACGAAAUCAAAAUGAAGUUAUGGGCGAUGAAAAAUUGGAAGCUAUUCAAUUGGAAUAUGCUUAUUUAUUAUCAACUCAGUUGCAAAAACAAAGAGAUUAUUUUGAGCAAAAAUUGGCUGAUUUAGAAAUGAAAUUUAAUAAAUUCGAAGAAAAUUGCAAUUCUACUAUAAAAAAUUUGAAUUCACAAUUAUCUCGAACUAUUCUCGAAUGUGAUAAUCUAAAAAAGCAAUUAUCAGUUAGUGAAAAAUCGCGGCAAACAGCUGAAAGAAAUGCGUGUAAUCACAAAAUUAAACUGGAAAAGGCUUUGUCCUCAUUAUCUGAAGAAGAAGUGAUCAAUCAAGUGUUGAGGUCAGAUCGCGAAAAGUUGAGGACACAAGUGAAAGAACUUGAGCAGAACAAUGACAGUCUUACCGAUCAAGUUCGAGAUCUGAUGACCCAUUUUGAAGCGCAGUGCAAAAUUCAAGAAUCAGCAAAGGCUGGAGCAGAAAUACAAGAAGGCAAGGUUGUUAUAACUGAAAAAGCCAAAUUUUCAUCUCAGAAACGUCGUAAAAAAUGA